CGAACACUCUUCGGAACACCGCCAAUGAAACCUCAGUCACUUCUCUAACCACCACCACCAAAACUCCAUGGACGCUCUCUUCGUCAACCAGUACUCCAUCUCCGGCCUCAGACUCUCCCCAAACCUCACCACCCCCACCUCCUCCUUCCCUCCCCAAUCCUUCCACCGCCUUAAACCCACCACCUACACCGCCACCAAGCCUACCACCCUCAUAACCGUCUCCGCCAUCCAAAACCAACAACAAACCCAAUCCAUCGAAACCCAUAACCCACUUCCGCUCCCGGAUGCCAAUGAACCGGAAGAAAACGACGAGUCCUACGGAGAGGUAGACAAAAUCAUCGGAAGUAGAGCGCUGGUGGGCGGCAAGGGGAUGCAGUACUUAAUUUCCUGGAAAGACGGCCAUUCGCCAUCGUGGGUCCCGUCGGGUUCCAUUGCCAAGGACGUGGUGGCGGAGUACGAGAACCCGUGGUGGACCGCCGCCAAAAAUGCUGACGAAUCCGCACUGAGUCAGCUCAUAAGCGCCGAGAACGACUCGCGCGACGUUGACGCAGUUGAUGGGGACGGCCGCACUGCUCUCAUAUUCGUCUCGGGUCUCGGGUCGGAGCAGUGCGUUCGGGUUCUGGCCGAGGCCGGAGCCGAUUUGAACCACCGCGAUAACGGCGGGGGACUAACAGCGUUACAUAUGGCUGCUGGUUAUGUCCGUCCUGGUGUCGUCAAAUUAUUGGUGGAGCUGGGUGCGGAUCCCGAAGUGGAGGACGAGAGGGGGCGGAAGCCGUUGGAUUUGGCGCGGGAGAUACUCAAAACGACGCCGCAGGGGAACCCGAUGCACUUCGCGAGGCGGUUGGGGUUGGAGGCCGUGAUUAGGGAGCUAGAGAGGGUAAUAUUCGAGUACGCGGAGGUGCAGGAGUUGCUUGAGAAGCGCGGGAAAGGGGAUCGCACGGAGUAUUUGGUCCAAUGGAAGGACGGCGGAGAUAACGAGUGGGUCAACGCAAAGCUGAUCGGCGAGGAUCUGGUGGCGGACUACGAGGCGGGGCUCGAGUACGCGGUGGCGGAAGGGGUGGUGGGAAAGAGAGUUGGGGAUGAAGGGAAGCUGGAGUACUUGGUGAAGUGGACGGAUAUAGAUGAGGCCACGUGGGAGCCGGAGGAGAAUGUUGAUCCUGAUUUGAUCAAGGAGUUUGUGGAGGCCCAAAAUUCAAGUGGGCCGGGUAAUGUGGAGGAGGCCCAAUUGAGAAAGUAGGAUACACUUUUGUUGUAUAUCUAAUUGAAAUGAUCAUAUGGCUUUUGGUGAUCAAUGUGACCUCAAGGAAAAUUCUUUAGUGCAAAUUUAUGCGUUAUGUCACUUUUCUUACACUUCAA